AUGUGUCGUCAGUGGAAUGAGAAGAAGCCUCAUUGCAUGGGAAACAGGAUGGCGAUGAUAUAUCCGGAUGUCAAAUUACCACAAGCUGAGGCGAAAGUACACAUGUCUCCUGCAGUCAUGUCGCGCCGCCGUCGUAUUUGUCAAUCGCGAACUACCCAGUACAGCCAAACAAACGGGCGCACACGAGUUUUGUGGAGACGCGAGACAUUGGAUUCAAACUUGUCCUGCCAUCGGCGUAGGAAGCGUGUUCAAACUAGCUGUCGAAGCGAAGCGACGGAUUCGGGGCGUGCAGUCGAGCCGAAGAGGGCUCAUAGAAUGACUCAAAUUGAACGUGUCUGGCUUCUUCAAGUGACGCUGCUCGGCGUUCUGACAGCCACGAUGGAAGCUGGUACUGUUCCCAACAACUAUGCUCCCAAGUUUACCCAGAAGAUCUACUCUCAGAGUGUACCUGAAGAUGUACCAGUGGGCAAGGUGGUUCUUCUGGUUAGAGCGUUAGACAAGGAUCCAGGCUCUGUUGUGAAGUACGACUUCUCGAGCUCUUUUCCUCCGUCUGCUUUCAGCAUCAAUAAGACUAGCGGAGAAAUAUCUGUGGCUCAUACUCUGGAUAGAGAAACUGAGUUUUCUUAUUACAUUCCAGUUGUGGCCUUGGAUGAUGGAAUUCCUCAGAAAUCAGGAAGUGCUCUUGUUUCUAUUACAGUACGAGAUGCCAAUGACAACAGACCCGCUUUCUCUCCCGCCUACUACAGCACAGAGGUCAAUGACAUCUUGCCCAUUGGCCAAAGCAUUCUAACACUGACAGCAGUAGAUAAGGACAUUCAUCACAAUGCUGCUCUCAAGUACCAAAUUGUGGGAGGUGAUGAGUUAAAUGCAACGUUCAGUGUUACAUCUAAUGGAGACAUUGUGCUCUUGAGGAAAUUAGACUUCACCAGAUGGAGAUUCUAUAAUCUCUCUGUCCAGGCCAUAGACACAGGAGACAGUCCUCUAAUGAGCAGAAACAAUGCUGUAGUGCUCAUUACUGUUAUCACUAAUAGGUUCUUAGUCCCACAAUUUACUCUUUCACAUUAUUUGUUCAUGACUAGAGAAGAUGUCACUGUACCCUACCUUGUUGGUGAGAUUGAUGCUAUUUACUUUAAUCCCAGGACUGGUCAUGAUAAUGAUGAUGUCCUAUACCAAAUUGAGUCUGGAAACUCAGCUGGGAACUUUCAUGUAAGUGCAUCAGGAAACCUCAGUGUUGUGAAGUCUCUCGAUAGAGAGGCAGAUCCUGUAUGGAGACUUGUAGUUUCAGCAACAGAUGUACUAAACAGGUCAAUUUCAAACAUGACUGUUGUGGAAGUCUCAGUGCUGGACGUCAAUGACAAUAAGCCAGUUUUGCUACCUAGAGGAUUAUUGGAUGCUACUGUCCUUGAGAGUGCUGUUAUCAAUCAUACUAUUGUCCAGUUUACAUGUUCAGAUGAUGACACCGGACCGAAUGGGGAUGUAGCACUGUCGUUACAAGAUCCAACUAGCGCAUUCGGUCUUACUGGCAACGAUCUAGUUCUAAAGAAACAACCACUGGUGUUGUCUAAUUCAACUUUUAAUUUGACUGUUCUUUGCUCUGACUUUGGUUUUCCUUCUCUCAUUUCACAAACUCUAGUUAGAGUGCAUGUUAUUAAUGUAAACAUGCACUCCCCUGUUUUUGACAAACAGACUUAUUUCACUCGAAUUUCAGAAAAUGCACAAAUUGGCACUUCUGUGGUCAAAGUAUAUGCAGCAGACAAAGAUAAUGGACAAGAUGGAAAGAUAGUGUACAGUUUGACAGGAUCACACCUGUUUACAAUAGAUCCAAGGACUGGAAUUGUUUACACAGACAAGUCAUUAGAUAGGGAGACCAAAGAAAAGUACACACUUCAAGUUGUGGCCACUGAUCAAGGUGUGCCAAGUCAUUCUGGAUCUACUGUACUGACAGUCAUGGUUGAUGAUGUCAAUGACAAUGGACCUCGUUGUGAACGUGCUGUGUAUGAUGUGUAUGUAUCUGAGAAUGCAAACGAAGUUGUGAAUGUGAACUGUGUGGACAGAGAUCUGAAUGCACAGCCGAUAUAUCGUGUGGUGGAGGAAAGCGAUCCCGACGUGUUUGGAAUAGAGGUGAAGGGAAUCGUGGUGGUGAAAAACGAUCUCAGUCAACGGACACCUGUAUAUUAUUGGCUUAAAAUUCAAGUCGAGGACUCUAAUCCUUUAGUUCAGACGCAGACAGUCAAUUUGACAGUUUUUAUCCAUGUUAAUCGCAGUAACGACUUUCCACCAGUAUUUGAGCAUGGGGGUGUCUUCAAGUGGGAUGUUCCUGAACAAACUGCUGUGGACACGACAGUGAACCGUGUAACUGCUAAUGAUGAUGAUGUGGGUCCUGAUGGUCAGAUUCGAUAUUCUCUUGUUGGUGGAACGGGACGACACAGCUUCAGUGUCAAUGCCACAGAUGGUAGUAUUCGAUUGGAAAGACAACUGAGUAUUAGAAAUGGCGACUCACUCCUCACAUUGAUAGUUGAAGCCAUUGACCAGGCUGUUUCUCAUAGUUCAAGGAAAACUGACAAAGCCGAAGUAACUUUUAAGAUUAUUGAUGUGAGUCCUCGGAUAGAGUUGGUAGCAAAGACUGUGAAUGUAUGGAGAUCUGCACAAGUCGGCACCUCUGUUGUAAAUGCAACUUGCAUUUCUACUGUUUCCAAUGACAAAGAGGUCAGAUUCAGUCUACUUGGAUUGAAUCGGAUUACAGGAUUUCUUACUGUUGAUACUCAAGGAAAUGUAAAAGUGAACAAAUUGCUUGGUGAUUUGAAUCUUGGCAAUUACUCUGUUACUGUGUCAUGUCAAGACAAUAAUUCUUAUCGUUCUUCUGCUUCAUUUGUGUUGACCUUAGCAGAGCCAAUAGCUGUGACUGCAUCAGUGUCUCCAUCAGAAAAAUUCAUGUCAAUGGAACCCACAUCAAAACCAACAUAUUUGAUGAGUUCUGGUGAUGGUGUAGGCCCAACUGUUAGGUCACCUGAUUCAUCCAGCGAGACUCUCAUUGUUGCAGUUAUUGGGUCUAUAUGUGGGGUUCUGGUGAUUGUCCUGGUCAUGAUGGUAGCAGUGAUAGUGAGAUGGAGGACAGAACAUGGGUCAUACAAACCUGGAAAGGAGAAACCCAGGAAAAAUUUAAAUAAUGAACUGACAGAAGUUACUUUACAAAAAGUGGACAAACACAAAGAUAUUGAAAUGGAUACCAUUGGAAGAGACAAGAAGGAGUCACAUAAUAGCUUACACAGUGUCAAUAGCCUUCCUGUGAUAAGGCAGGGGUCUGGCAUUGAUGGGGUCAUAGAGGAAGAGACAUCCUCUCAGACAUCUCCACUGAGAGUGCCCACCGUGCAGUCAUCUGGACACAUGGCUUGCUCAUUGACAGGACUAAGAGGAAAGCAUGGCUUUCUAACUCCCAGCCAGCGGCACAGAUGGUCCUCUGCUCCAGUUCAAGACCAAACACGAUUUCAUUCUCUGCAGAAUAGCAUGGCGGAGAUUGGUGCUAUAGAUCUCCGGAGACUCAGUCUUGGCUCCAGUUUUACAGAUGGCAUUUCUACAGUCAGUGCACCAGCACCAGUAGAAAGAGCAUUCAGUGCUGUGAGUGUACGAAGUGAAUCCCUGGUUUGAUCGUCCACACUCUUGUCUUAUUAUUGGAGGUGCAGAUGACAAACUCUUGCUUCGUCAGACCUAUAUUGUAGUGAUUGAUUUGCCGCUCUAUUCAAAGGGUGUUACUGGCAGUUGGUGUCAUUAUUGCUUUUGGAAGAAAUCCACUGGAUUGUGAUUCUGACUUCUUGUUACACAUUAUUACAGAGGAUAUAUCAGAAUUAACUGUCAUUAUCAUAAGUGCUGUAAAUUAGCAAGGUGUGGUUUUUGUACAUAAUAGGUUAAGAAUUAGUUUAUUUUUGUGGGAGCUAUGUUUUGUAGCGCAUGGGUUCAUACAUGUUGAAUCAGUUGCGUGUAGAAAGUGAACAGUCACGCGAGCAG